AUGCUGGCGCCCAAAUACAUCAAGGCCACGCGCAAGAAUAACCGCAGCCCGAAGGUGUUGAACCACCUCUUCUUGGCGCAGGAGCUCCGCUGCUCGUCCGUGACGGACUUGAAGUUUCACGCCGAACACGGCGCGGACGCAGGCGCGGACGCCCGCUCCGACACUGGCUCGCCGGAGCCCGGCGCCGACUCCAAGGCGCCCGCCAACCUGCACGAGAUCUUGGCCAUGGAGUUCUCGCGGGACGGCAAGUACUUGGCCGCGGCCGGGCGCGACUCGCGCAUCCGCGUGUGGCAGGUGAUCGCGUCGCCGCUCAGCAGGCUCAAGUACAAGAACUUCGAGAGCGCCCACGACGAGGGCGGCGGCCGGCAGAAGCAGAAGGCGUACGCGGGCGCGCCGGUGUUCCUCCAGGAGCCUGUGCGCGUGUUCGAGGGCCACCACAACUCGGUGCUCUGCCUUGACUGGAGCAAGAACAACUUCUUGCUUUCCGGCAGCAUGGACAAGACCGUCAAGCUCUGGAACAUCGAGCGUGACGAGUGCCUCGAGACGUUCCGCCACUGCGACUUCGUGACCGCGUUGCGCUUCCACCCGACGGACGACCGCUUCUUUGUCAGCGGCGCGUUGGACAACCGGCUCCGGCUCUGGCUGAUCUUGGAGCACUCCGUGGCGUACAUGAACGACUUGGGCGACAACGCGUUGAUCACGGCGUUGGAGUUCACGCCGCUCGGCAACUACUGCGUUGCGGGCGGCUUUAACGGCCUGCUCUUUGCCUUGGAGACGCAAGGCCUCCUGCUAGUCAAGCGCAUCGAGGUCACGCGCCGGCCCAGCAACGCGGGCCACUCGGCACACAGCACUACCAUCAGCGGCAUCAAGGUGUUCGAGAACCCGACCUGCGCAGACGUGCCCAGCCUGGCGCUCACCAAGUGGAAUCUCUUGAUCACCACCAGCGAUUCCACGGUGCGGCUCGUGGACUUGUCGCUCCGCAAGUUGGUCACGCGCUUCAAGGGCAACUCCAACCACAGCUCGUCCAUCGUGGCCAGCUUGAGCGAGGACUGCCGGUACAUCGUGUGCGGCUCCGAGGACCAUUGGUGCUAUGUGUGGGAGAACAACAACGCGGUGAUCAACAGCAAGUUGCGCUCGUCCAUCAAGGAGAUGCUCCUCGACGGCCGCAACCAGCUCGACGAGAAGCACAAGCGGAUCUCGCGCCUCCUCCACGACAACAUGCUCUGGAAGAAGUUGCCCAUGCAGAUGUUCCUCAAGGACGAGAACGGCAAGAAGUACAUUGCCAACAACAACUAUAGCUACUCAGCGUUCCACGCGCACAGCUCGCGCGUCAACGUGGCGCUAUUUGCCCCGGAGAAAAGCAAGCGUCUCCUCCAGUUCGCGGACGACAAGAUCUUCGACCUUGUCAAGCGCGGCACGCUGUUGACCGGAACUCAAGGCAGCGAGCUCACCGGCGAGCCGCCCUGGGGCUCGGACCACAUCAUAGUCACCGCGGACGUCACCGGCCUAAUACGAGUGUUCCGCCAGGACCCCGCUCACCACAUCAGGAAGAACCUUCUUGAGUUGGCGAAA